AUGCCGACGCCACAGCUUGCGCAGCCCAACGUGGAACCGAUCGCCGGCUGCCCCCCCGGACUCGAGUACCUGGCGUACGUCGACCAGCUGCUUGUGCACCAACAGCUUCAGCUCCUGGAAAUGUUCGUGCCGUUCGAGCAGCAGAACAAGUACGUCGUGAAGAACACCAUGGGGCAGUUCAUCUUCAUGGCGCACGAGCAGAGCGACUGCAUGACCCGCUGCUGCUGCGGCAGCGUCCGUCCCUUCGAGAUGUCGCUGGUCGACUACCGCUGCGUCGAAGUGAUGCGGCUGUACCGGCCACUUCGCUGCAGUGGCUGCCUUUGUUUUUGCUGCCUCCAGGUAAUGGAGGUUCAAUCUCCGCCGGGCACCAUCAUCGGCUCGAUAAAGCAGGAGUGUUCCUUCAUCUUUCCCUACUUCUCGCUGAGGGACAGCGGCGGGAACGUGGUGCUCCAGAUCCACGGGCCCUUUUGCACGACCUCCAUCUGCUGCAAUGACGUCGUCUUCGACAUCAUGACCAAGGACGGCAAAACGAAGAUCGGUCAGCUGUCGAAGAACUUUAACGGCAUGCUUAUGGAGGCGUUCACCGACAUCGACAACUUCACGGUGUCCUUCCCCAUCGACCUGGACGUCAAGAUGAAGGCCACGCUGCUAGGCGCGGCCUUCUUGAUUGACUUCAUUUUCUUCGAGAGCAGCGCCGGAGGGAGCAACAUGGAUCUUCCCGGCAACAUAAUAAAUUAGUUAUUCGAAGA